GUGUGGAAUGGGGGGUCCUGCGGUGAGACUUGGACUCGUCCAUUCUGUCCGUGUGGCGUGGGGGGGGUUGCAAGGACGUGAGAGACACAAGCGCCAUGGCGGAGCGUAAACGGGAGCGCGAUGACGCUGGAGAGGACUUGGAGGUGCUCGACCUGGCCGGCUACGCGCGCCGUCGUGGCUGGCUGCAGCGAGUGUUUGGCCACGAGGCCGGCCCCAUCGCCCACAAGUACUCCGUGGCCACGCAGAUAGCGGUCGGGGGUGCGGGGGGCUGGUGUGCAGGCUUCGUGUUCCAGAAAGUGGGGAAACUGGCAGCCACUGCAGUAGGCGGAGGCUUCCUGCUUCUACAGAUAGCGAACCACACCGGCUACGUCACCGUGGACUGGAAGCGAGUGGAGAGGGACGUGAACAAAGCAAAAAAGCAGCUGAGCCGUAAGGCGCAUCAGGCCGCUCCGGACAUCAACUCCUACUUCGACGAGGCGCUGGUCUUCCUCAAGAAGAACGUGGUACUCACCAGCGGAUUCCUUGGCGGCUUUCUCCUGGGCAUGGCGUCAUAAUCACUCACUCACUAGUACACACUAGUACACACA